GUUUCGUUUCCCCUUCACUUCCGGGCUGAUAACAAGGGCCGUUGAUGCCCGCAGAUUUUCAUUAAAAUAUCUUAGUUUAAUAAAUACAUUGGCGCCAUAGCUGUGAUGUUUUGGGAGUGAUAUGGUCACAAAGCCUACAAAUGAGGUUGGUGUAUUGACGAAAUUAUUCCAAGAGACGCAGGAAUAGCGGGUGAUGAAGAGGUGAACUGACUAAAACCAAGCUGUCUGUCAGUCCAUCCAUCAAGCGGAUCUAUCAGAGGAACCACCAGUGCAUGUGAAGGAACACAAUCAGUUUUUGAAAGAAGUGUUGGGGUGUAUCCCUCACUUCCUGCCCCACCCACCUCAACUCAGACUCCACCCCGUGACCCUUGACCCCUGACAUCCAAGAUGAAACUAAAAGAGGACAUGAACCCACUGCUGCUGCAGGUCUUCCGCUCGGUUGUCUGGGUCUACUCUGUCAUCACCUUCCUGCCCUGGUACCUGCUCUCGGGCGCAGGAGCCAACCUAGACCGGGCGCGGCGGGUCAAGGCACGGUCAGUGAGCGGUCGCCCGGCGGGCCCUUACCGGGCGACCAACCAUGAGGAUGGUAGCCAGCAGAAGCUGGUGUCUUCCUUGCACCCAGGAGUGGACACCCUGGACAAGGUGAUGGAGCAUGGAGCGGCCAGGUUCCCAGAGAGGAACUGCCUGGGCACGAGAGAGGUGCUGAGCGAGGAGGACGAGCUCCAACCCAACGGGAAGGUCUUCAAGAAGGUGAUCCUGGGGGAGUAUCAGUGGAUGUCGUAUGAGGAGACCUACCAGGCAGCAGUGUGUUUUGGCAGUGGGCUGGCCGCGCUGGGCCAGAGGCCUCAGUGUAACAUCGCCAUCUUCUGUGAGACCAGGGCCGAGUGGAUGAUAGCAGCACAGGCCUGCUUCAUAUACAACUUCCCAUUGGUAACGUUGUACUCUACUCUGGGCGGAGCGGCCAUUGCCCACGGUUUGAACGAGACUGAGAUCACCCACAUCGUCACCAGCAAAGACCUGCUACACAGCCGUCUCAAGGACAUUCUGUUGGAUGUGCCUCGGCUGCAGCACAUCAUCGUGGUGGACAGUAAGCCAACCAGUUGGCCCGGCUUCCCCCGCGGCAUCAUGGUCCACAACAUGGACGCCGUGCAAGAGCUGGGCUCCAGACCCGACAACAUGGCGGUGGCGCGCCGGCGGCCCGUGCCCUCUGACAUCGCUGUCAUCAUGUACACCAGCGGCUCCACGGGCAUCCCCAAGGGCGUCAUGAUCUCCCAUAGCAACAUCAUCGCGGGCGUCACAGGCAUGGCAGAGCGCAUUCCAGACCUGGAUGAGACAGACACCUACAUUGGGUACCUGCCACUGGCCCAUGUUCUGGAGCUGAGUGCAGAGAUGGUGUGUAUCUCUCACGGCUGUUGCAUCGGAUACUCCUCCCCACAGACGCUAGCAGACCAGUCGACUAAGAUUAAGAAGGGCAGUAAAGGAGACACCAGUGUUCUAAAACCUACACUCAUGGCUGCUGUACCGGAGAUCAUGGAUCGGAUCUAUAAGAAUGUGAUGACAAAGGUGGAGGAGAUGAGCAGUGUGCAGAGAACCCUCUUUGUAUUGGCCUACAACUACAAGAUGGAACAGAUCACCAAGGGCUACAAGACCCCGCUCUGUGACAGUCUGGUGUUUAGGAAAGUGCGCUCGUUGUUGGGGGGUCACAUGAGGGUGCUGUUGUCAGGCGGAGCGCCCCUCUCUGCUGCCACCCAGCGCUUCAUGAACAUCUGCCUCUGCUGUCCCGUGGGCCAGGGCUACGGCCUCACCGAGACCUGCGGAGCUGGCACCAUCAGCGAGAUGUGGGACUACAGCACAGGCCGGGUCGGCGCUCCUCUGAUCUGCUCCGAGAUCACCCUCAAGGACUGGGAGGAGGGCGGUUACUACAGCACAGACAAGCCACACCCGAGAGGGGAGAUUGUAAUCGGCGGGCCCAACGUGACUAUGGGUUACUACAAGAACGAGGUGAAGAACCGCGAGGACUUCUUCGUGGACAGCAACGGCCAGCGCUGGUUCUGUACAGGAGACAUCGGGGAGUUUCACCCAGACGGGUGCCUCAAGAUUAUCGAUCGUAAGAAGGAUCUGGUGAAGCUCCAGGCUGGGGAGUAUGUGUCUCUGGGGAAGGUGGAGGCCAUGCUGAAGAACUGCCCUUUCGUAGACAACAUCUGCGCCUACGCAAACAGUGACCAGUCGUACGUGAUUGGCUUCGUGGUGCCCAAUCAGAAGCAGUUAAUGGCGCUGGCGGAGCAGCGAGGGUUACGGGGCAGCUGGGAGGAGAUCUGUAACAACCCUGACAUGGAGAGAGACGUUCUCCACAUCAUCACAGAGGCCGCUCUGUCAGCCAAACUGGAGCGCUUUGAGAUUCCGAGGAAGAUCUGUCUGAGUGCAGAGCCUUGGACACCGGAGACUGGCCUGGUGACCGACGCAUUCAAACUCAAACGCAAGGAGCUCAAAUCACACUAUCAGGAAGACAUCGAGAGAAUGUACGGUGGCAAGUAAACACACACACAGGCAUACGCAAGGAAUCUAACAAGCACUAUCUAGAUGACAUGAAAACUGGAGAGAAUGUACGGUGGCAAGUAACACACAAACCGACACAGCCCCCCCCUUCCCAAGACAAAAGACAGAGGGGCCAGGCCAGUUCGAGCAGCAUCAGUUGCUUGUCUUCGUCGAAAGUUUUUCGGGGUCUGUGUGUUGCUAUGACGACGCUGGCAUCAUGGCGUGACUCGGCCUUGACACGGAAAAUGACACGUUAAUCUAGUCCCACUCCUCCGCUCCUCUCCUACGUUUCUCCUUCCCUUCUCUCUCCUAUCCUCCAUCUAGCAUGGUCUUCGGCCUCUGUGUGUAGUCCAGACACCUGUUAGUAGAAAGGAUGUUUUUUUUGUGUGAAUGUGGCCUGGAUCGUGUUCAUUAGGCAUCAAACGGAAGAAAACUGACUGAAACAGGGAGGGACGACCUGAACUUGUCCAACAAGAAACGUUUUGCUAUGUUGUGCACUAAUGAAUACGACUCUGAAAAAUGAGGCCCUUCGGUUUAAACGUUCCACAUCCAGGUUUGAAUCUAUGCAGGGAUCCCUUUUAUUGUAUAAAUGUUUUGGGAUGUGGUGAUGUUUUGUUCAUGUUUCGUUGUCUUUCUUUUUUUAACGUAAUCGGUUUGUCUUGGUUAAUUUCCGAAACCUAUUCGAUGAACAUCUUGUAUCUGAGAGAAAUGAAACCAUAAGAUUUUUGUAACGCAACUCACAUUUUUUUAUUUGCUUUCCUUAUUUCUUGUUUUUCUCUGAAUGGUUUGUUUCUCAUUUAUCUGUUACCAAACUGACAUUUCCCUCGUCUGCCUCUAGGUCCUGAAGGUUGCUUCUAUUCUAUGGAAAAUAUGUGUUUACUGACUUGACUAGAUGAAGUCCUAUUAUGUCACUUUGUUACAGUGUGCCAGUGAUGGAAUCUCCUCCCUGCUCUGUGCCCCUGUGUGUGGCUACGGGCUGAUGUGAUGUGCCUGGGUUGGCUGGUGGAACCUGUUUCUCAUAAUGUAGCCUGAUCCUGGAUCGGUUUUUACUUUAGCCACCUCCUCUUGACUAUUUGUGAGAUGUCAUGAGUUGACCCAGGCAAGAAAUGAUCUGGGACCAGGUAAGCAAUGAUGGUGUCCGGGGGGGGGGGCCUACGGGGUAGUAGGAUGCAGUUGCCCUACGGGGUAGUAGGAUGCAGUUGCCCCGUAAAGCUGAUCGAAGUUUAGCUUCUCUUCCCUGUGGUUGAGGCUAGGAUGGGGAGAGGACAAGCUGAUCCCUGAUCUGUGCCUAAAGGGCAACUUCUCAGCACGUGACACCAAUCCUACUGAGACCCUUAUUCAUUUCUACUCUGUCACUUAACCAGUAGGAGGCCGUCUCUGCCACUGGUUCAUCUUUGAAACAAUCUGUAUAGUAAUGUCCAAAUUUACAGAGGUAUGUAUGUGUGAUUUGUGCUGAUGUUUGGGUGUGUGUGUGCGUGCGUUCUCUGACCCUGAGCUUGUUCCCUAUGUCUCUGUGAAGCCCGCUGCAUGCCCACCCCACCUGACCUGUAGAAGUCUGUUACCUUUCAAUGUUUCCUCCAGCAAAACGAUGUUACAUACACAAGUGUCCUGCUAAACCAGGUCUGUGGCUCCAUAAACCAUGUUAUCACCAGGACGAUCUGGUUCCGUAAAACCACGUAGAUUGUCUUUAUCGACAUGGGUCUAAACCUGCCGUUUUUACUCCCUAAAAUGAUGACCCGUGUACCACAUGGACGUCUCCUAGAAGAGCCAAUGGCUCCCAGUCCAGAUCUGUAGCCGUUUGCCUUUUUUAGUUGCUCUUCGGCAGACUGUGUGUUUGUGUCAUCCAACGGUAGGUCCCAUCUACCCCGAUAUCCCUGUUCGUAUUACAGGAAUGCAUUGUCCUAUUUCUUUGUCAUAGCUCUCGUUACUGUUCCUAUUAUUGAUGAAAUAUGAAAUGCAGAUUGAAUGUGCAAUAUUUAUACGAAAUAUAAAUUCUAAAACCUAAAGUAUGUAAAGGAAAAAUGCACAGAGAGAGCGAGCCCCUUCACAGUGUAUGAAUGUGUGGGUGUGGGCCCGUCUCUUUCCAAUUAAAUGUACAAAGAAAACCUAGAGGACAGGCGGAUGGACAGAAAACAUUGUUGUAGAAGUAGUAACAUAUAGCCUCUUUAUGGUGUGAUAUUAGUGCCAACAGAAAUGUCAUCUGAAUUCAAUCAUCUUGAAUUAAUUCAGAUUUGUUGGCAGUAAUAUGACUCUAUACUUAUUUUUCUGUAUUGUGAAAGUGCUGUACCAAUUAUAGUAAUGAAGACUAAUAUUUUGGCCUUGUAAAAGAAAAAUACAAUGGUGAAGAAUAAGGCACUACAGGUGAACAGAUUUAUGUCUCCGGGAAGUUAUUUGGGCUGCAUGAUUCCUUGUGAAUGCACUAUAUACAUUUGUGACGUAUAAUGUAUUCAGAAAUAAAGUCCAAGAUGAAAAGUCA